AUGGACAAAUUACAACUUACUUUAGCUAUUAUAAAACCCCAUGCUGUAAAAAAUCCAAUAGCCGUUUCAUACAUCAGAAAUAUUUUAAAACGAAAGUUUGUCAUUGUAAAAACAAAAAGAAUUUUUCUCAAUACUGUAGAAGCGGGUAAUUUUUAUAAGGAACAUGAAGGAAAAUUCUUUUAUAACCGACUAGUCACUUUUAUGGCCAGUGGCUGUAUAGACUUACAUGUAAUAGGACAUACAAAUGCAAUAGAGUUGUGGAGGAGGAUGCUGGGCCCUACAAAAGUAUAUAAAGCACAAUAUCAGGAUCCAAAUAGUCUCAGAGGCAUGUUUGGGAUUUCAGAUACAAGAAAUGUUGCCCAUGGAUCAGAUUCAACAUCAUCUGCAGAGAGGGAAAUAAAAUUCUUUUUCCCAGACUUCUCAUUCUACGAUUGGUACAAUAAUGAUGAAAUACGGUACAGAAAAGGGCCAAUUAUAUUUAAUCAUUAUUUAUUUCAACAUGUAAGAAAGUUGUAG